GCAGGUUUUGGAUUUUUGGAAAAUUCGAAACUCUCCUUUAGAGGAAUUUAUGGAAGUACAAUAGGACAGAGACCUCAAGCAGUGCCACCUACAAGACACACAUAUCUACACACAGUGGAGGAAGCCAAAACAUACAGUAAACACAUCCAACAACAAAGCAAAAAGGGGACGUUUGGAACAGAAGCACCAACUGAGGAUUACUGUGAGAGAGAAGCUGUAAGCUGAAAGAGCAAGACCAUGCCGGACUGUCAGAUCUGGACCGGGUUUGUGAUGGUGCUGAUGUUCUGUUGCUUGCUGUUGUUGGCAUCUGGUUCAGGGAAUGCACACGUGAUCAGGAAGAGGGGGCUCAACCAGAAGGACUACGAGUACCUCAACCAUCCCCAGGCCAUUCAGCACCAAAAGAAUGACCGCUGCCCUCCGCCGCCUCAGAUGCUGCCUGAGCGGGCCUGUGAGGUGCCGGGCUGUCGGUCCGAUUCCGAAUGUGAGAGACACAAACGGUGCUGUUACAACGGCUGCAUUUAUGCCUGUCUGGAGUCAGUGCAACCUCCACCAGUGCUGGACUGGUUGGUGCAGCCCAAGCCGCGGUGGCUGGGAGGAAAUGGCUGGCUUUUAGAUGGACCAGAGGAGGUUUUGCAGGCUGAGGCUUGCAGCACCACAGAGGAUGGAGAUGAACCUUUGCUCUGUCCAACUGGUUAUGAGUGCCAUAUAAUCAAUCCAGGAAACCCUUCUGCAGGGAUCCCAAACCGAGGCCAAUGCAUCAAACAGCGAGGAAACUCAGAUGGACGUAGCCUGAGACACAAGUACUUCAAAGAUUACAAGGAUUAUUUAGGAAGCAACUCCAACAAUGUAGUGAGCUAUGAGAAAAAUCAACACAAGCACUCUGGCUGAGACAGAGGUGACUGACUGUGGAUUCCACUUUAGUGGACUGUAAUAACCGCUGAUCCUUAUACCUGAACAUUACUACAGUACCACAGUGGAACUUGUCAAGCUUUUCUCUUCAGCCUAGAGACAGAUUCAUAUCUGGUGCUCAAACAUUGUGACAGAAAUUAAAAGCUAAAAUGUCCUACCUCUUAUGAAAACCAAAACAUAUGACAGACAGUAUCAAAGGCUAAUACAGUAUCAGUUUUACUUUUCUUACAUUAUGCACACUUGAUGUAAAUUGCACAUACCCUCAGUCAAAAUUGACAAGCGUAUUUGCUGAUAGUUUGAUUUUGACAAAGCAUGCUUAACUCUGGGAAAUGGGGGUUAAUUACAAUUUCUAGAUAGAAAAGAUGUAAGCUAAACCGGAGAACUAUAUUGGUUCUUUACAUAAUGAUGGCUUUUUCUAGCUAUGGCAAACAAACUCUCAAAUUGGGGUGGGGUUUCAUUGACAAGAGCAGCUAUAGGACCCUUGUGUGAUUUUCUAUGCUACUAAAUCUGAGCUCUUUGUUUUCAAAAGUAAAACAAUGUAAUCCCAUAAAACACAGCUGUAAACAAUGCACAUUUCCUCAUCAGUUUGGAAUACGAGUUUGAUUGGGUAAAACAUGUUUUCCUCUUCAUUUAGGUGUAACCAAGCAACAGUUCUACUCCGAAUACUGUGCUCUCCAUUACUGUGAAAUGUUUGUCAUAUGGUGCUCCAAUCAAUAGCUUGCUCGGGUUGUUUACAGAGCCAAUGACUCACUGUACAGGCCUGAGUCUUAAUCCACUACUCUCUGAUAAGCUAGAAGAGUGUGAAAGGAGGGACAAACCACAUUACAACCUUCAGUAAAUCACAACUCAAAACCAUUGAACCAAAUCUACUGUCAAAACUGGUGCUGUAACGUUACUGCCCUGUAUUUCCAAAUAAAACAACUUGUCAAAGAUA